AAAGGAGAGAAAAAAGGAAAAGAAGAGAGGAAACCCCGAAAGGAAAUGACCCCGCCGUUACAGCUACAGCUGUCUUUGUUGAGUCUUUAGGCUUUGAAAAGCCUGUCCGCGUGAGCAACUCACUCAGCCCACCGUCGUCGCCCGCCCACUCCUCUAAGGAUCGGAAGAAGGAAGGAGCUUCUUUUUUAUUUGAUCGAUCUGGGUACGGAUGUAGCGUGUGUGUGUAUAUAUAUAACAAUCCAUUUCUUCUCCAUCUUCAUUGCUGGAUCCUUGAUCUGCUCCACCACUUCCCCCAACCCCCACCAUUUUUUUUUUCUAUAUAUAUAUAUAUAUUAAUUUCUGUUCCUGUCAUGACCUCUUAGUGCUUCUUAAUUUGUCGCUCUUCUCACGACUCAGUCCAUCUUCAUCUCUCUCUCCCCCCAUCCCCUCCCUCUACCCCUUAGACUCUGGAGUGGUUAUGGAAGAAGUGGACAGCCGGAGACUGCAUCACGUAGUUUGAACAAUUCUCAUCCAAGUCCAAACACAAACAACACAGGCCGUCGGGGUACUUUCCUUCUUGUCGAUAAGAUUGUUGCAGGUUCGGUCCGGACCCGGCAGAUCUCGCCAUCAGCUUAUAAUUUGCCACCCCGGUGAGUAAGCCGUUUCAAUCUUCACACAGCGAUCCCUGCCUACUCCCAGGAUCUGCAUCUUUCUUUAGGACAUGGUCCAGAUCUUUGCUUCCUCAAGGCUGAGCUAGAAAACCUAGUUUUGUUGGAGCAGAGCUGAGUUGCGCAACUAAGCUAUGGCAUCGAAAUCAUUCAAGGCCAGCCGAUCAUCCCUAUCACAAAAUACAGAUGAGACCGACUCUCUUAAGCCUCCACUGCCUCCCACUGUCACUUUUGGCCGCAGAACUUCAUCAGGUCGCUAUGUCAGCUAUUCAAGGGAUGAUCUCGACAGUGAACUUGGCAGCGUCGACUUUGCUAACUACACUGUUCACAUACCACCUACACCUGAUAACCAACCCAUGGAUCCUUCCAUCUCUCAGAAAGUCGAGGAGCAGUAUGUGUCCAAUUCACUCUUCACAGGCGGGUUUAACAGCGUAACUCGAGCUCAUCUGAUGGACAAGGUGAUCGAAUCUGAAGCGAGCCAUCCCCAGAUGGCUGGUGCCAAAGGGUCCUCUUGUGCAAUUCCUGGGUGUGAUGCCAAGGUGAUGAGUGAUGAGCGUGGCAAUGAUAUUCUCCCCUGUGAAUGUGAUUAUAAGAUCUGCAGGGAUUGCUAUGUUGAUGCUGUGAAGGCAGGCGGGAUUUGCCCGGGAUGCAAAGAGCCUUACAAGAAUGCUGAUUUGGAUGAAGCUGCCGUGGAUAAUGCCCGGCCGCUUCCGCUUCCGCCACCUGGUGGCAUUUCCAGGAUGGAGAGGCGAUUGUCGCUUAUGAAAUCUAAGAAUUCUAUUCUGAUGAGGAGCCAAACUGGGGACUUUGACCACAACAGAUGGCUCUUUGAAACAAAGGGUACUUAUGGAUAUGGGAAUGCCAUAUGGACUAAAGAUGGAGGCUUUGGGAAUGGGAAGGAUGAUGAUAUUGUUGACCCUUCAGAGUUGAUGAACAAGCCUUGGAGGCCUCUUACACGGAAACUGAAGAUCCCUGCUGCUGUGCUCAGUCCAUACAGGCUUCUAAUUGUCAUCAGGAUGGUAGUUCUUGGGUUGUUCCUUGCCUGGAGAAUUAGCCACCCAAACAAUGAUGCUGUUUGGCUAUGGGGAAUGUCUGUGGUCUGUGAGAUAUGGUUUGCCUUCUCUUGGCUUCUUGACCAACUGCCCAAGCUUUGUCCGGUGAAUCGCUCCACGGAUCUCAAUGUCUUGAAGGAGAAAUUUGAAUCAAUUACACCUGAUAACCCCAAGGGGAAAUCUGACCUCCCAGGGAUAGAUGUUUUUGUCUCUACUGCAGAUCCAGAGAAGGAACCACCUCUUGUCACUGCAAACACUAUACUCUCCAUCCUUGCAGCUGAUUAUCCAGUUGAGAAGCUGGCAUGUUAUGUUUCUGAUGACGGUGGUGCGCUCCUCACCUUUGAGGCAAUGGCAGAAGCUGCAAGUUUCGCAAAUAUUUGGGUCCCAUUCUGCCGCAAGCAUAACAUUGAGCCUAGGAACCCUGAGUCAUAUUUCAAUCUGAAGAGGGAUCCUUACAAGAACAAAGUGAAACCAGAUUUUGUCAAGGAUCGUAGGCGAGUGAAGCGCGAAUAUGAUGAGUUUAAGGUUCGCAUCAAUGGGCUGCCUGACUCCAUCCGCCGCCGAUCUGAUGCCUACCAUGCGCGUGAAGAGAUCAAGGCGAUGAAACUUCAGAGGCCAAACCGGGACGAUGAUCCCAUCGAGAGUGUUAAGAUCCCAAAAGCUACUUGGAUGGCAGAUGGCACCCACUGGCCAGGGACUUGGUUAAAUCCUGGACCAGAGCAUUCCAGGGGUGACCAUGCUGGUAUUAUACAGGUGAUGCUGAAACCUCCCAGCGAUGAGCCACUGCUUGGCUCUCCUGAUGAUAAUACCAGGCUCAUAGAUCUCACAGAUGUUGAUAUCCGCCUUCCAUUAUUUGUGUAUGUGUCUCGUGAGAAGCGUCCAGGCUAUGAUCACAACAAGAAGGCAGGGGCCAUGAACGCAUUAGUUCGAGCAUCAGCCAUCAUGUCUAAUGGACCCUUCAUCCUCAACCUUGAUUGUGACCACUACAUCUACAACUCCCAGGCACUGAGGGAAGGCAUGUGCUUCAUGAUGGAUAGAGGCGGGGACCGCAUCUGUUACGUGCAAUUCCCUCAGAGGUUCGAGGGUAUUGAUCCAUCAGAUCGAUAUGCGAACCACAACACCGUCUUCUUUGAUGUAAAUAUGAGAGCGCUUGAUGGACUCCAAGGUCCCGUGUAUGUGGGAACUGGCUGCCUCUUCCGAAGGAUUGCCCUAUAUGGUUUUGAUCCCCCUCGAGCUAAAGAGAACCACCCGGGUUGUUGCAGUUGCUGCUUUGCUCGUCGCAAGAAGAUCAACAAUACUUCAGAAGAGAAAAGGGCCUUGAGGAUGGGUGAUUCUGAUGAUGAGGACAUGGACCUUUCUUUGCUUCCCAAGAAAUUUGGCAACUCAACUUUCCUCAUUGAUUCCAUCCCAGUGGCCGAGUACCAAGGCCGGCCCCUGAAGGACCACCCUGCUGUGAAGAAUGGACGCCCGCCCGGUGCUCUCACCAUUCCGAGGGACCUGCUCGAUGCAUCCACAGUAGCCGAAGCCAUCAGUGUCAUCUCGUGUUGGUAUGAGGACAAGACUGAGUGGGGACACCGAGUCGGUUGGAUUUAUGGUUCUGUUACUGAAGAUGUUGUCACUGGGUACAGGAUGCAUAAUAGGGGAUGGAAAUCAGUCUACUGUGUUACCAAGCGUGAUGCGUUCCGUGGGACUGCGCCGAUCAAUCUUACCGAUAGGCUUCAUCAGGUGCUGCGUUGGGCUACUGGAUCAGUGGAAAUUUUCUUCUCCCGCAACAAUGCAUUACUAGCCAGCCCGAGGAUGAAAUUUCUGCAGAGAAUAGCUUACCUUAAUGUUGGGAUCUACCCAUUCACCUCCAUCUUCCUGAUCGUCUAUUGCUUCCUCCCUGCACUGUCCCUCUUCUCUGGGCAGUUCAUAGUCCAGACUCUAAAUGUCACCUUUCUCACCUACCUCCUUGUUAUCACUAUCACUCUGUGCAUGCUCGCAGUGCUUGAGAUCAAGUGGUCUGGGAUUGAGCUCGAGGAGUGGUGGAGGAAUGAGCAGUUUUGGCUCAUAGGAGGGACAAGCGCCCACCUUGCUGCUGUGCUGCAAGGGCUGCUGAAAGUCAUUGCUGGGAUUGAGAUUUCUUUCACCUUGACGUCGAAAUCAGCUGGUGAUGAUGUGGAUGAUGAGUUUGCUGAUCUCUACAUAGUCAGGUGGACCUCCCUGAUGAUUCCACCAAUCACGAUCAUAAUGACAAACUUGAUUGCCAUAGCUGUUGGGUUCAGCAGGACAAUAUACAGUGUGAUACCUCAAUGGAGCCGUUUGAUAGGUGGGGUGUUCUUCAGCUUCUGGGUCUUGGCUCAUCUCUACCCCUUUGCGAAGGGGCUCAUGGGGAGAAGAGGGAGGACCCCAACCAUCGUUUUCGUGUGGUCAGGGCUGAUUGCGAUCACCAUCUCACUGCUUUGGGUCGCCAUAAGUCCCCCAGCUGGUUCAACUCAAAUCGGGGGUUCCUUCCAGUUCCCAUAAUCAAGCUGAUAUUCAUAUGAAGCUGCCACAUCUUGGUUAGUGAUGUUGCUUCAAUAUUCUUUGAUGAUGACUUGAUGGUUAGUCUUGUUAACGAAGUUGGUCAAGUAUGUUUGUAAUUUCCCGUGGGCCCCCACUUGAAGUUUGGUUCAAAAUACUGCAAUUAGGAUGAAGAAGUUUGGAGGAGGGGUGAGGGACCGGCCUGAGAUUAGAGCAAAGGAGGAGCUAGUCCUUUUUUUUCGGCAAAGGGAAUCGAAACCGAAACCUCUUGAUCAUCUUGGUCACCGGGUGAGAGGUGCGUCAUUGCGUUAUAACCUCUCUGGAUAGGAGCUAGUCCUUUUGGCAUUCUUUUAAAUUUCUUUUAUUUGUGUUAUUGGUGACUUGACAUGGAUUUAUUCAAAAUUUGACAUAUCUUUGAGCGCUUUUAGUUUUGCCUGGAUGAUGAA